GACAGUCGCCGCCGUUCUCGACCUCACGUUUAAACGUUUGGUAUGAACCGCCACCGGCAAAAUAACCCUUUCUGAUCGCGUGUCGUGCCGCUUUCGGAUUCUUGGACAUUAUUGAUACCACGAUCUCUAUUUUAACUGGACAUCAGUUAAUACGCGCGAGUGAUAUAACCUCGAUAUACUCUAACCACCUGGUGAUUGCAUUCUUCUAAUAAAACUUUUUUGAGUGCUUAGUUAUCCUGGAUAUAUUUAUUCUCUAAUUUAUAUUACAUCGUUAGUUUCAAAUAGGCUGCUGGGAUCGAUGAUUAUUGAAGCUGAACGUCACUAGUCUAGCCUCGAAAUAUCAUUGUUCAAAAUAAUAUUUAUUAAAACUUAUUUAGUUACUCACCCUUUCACAACAGGUGAGCGAAAAACUGACUAGUGGCCAACAGCUAUCUUCUUGGAAAAUACUUAGUCAUUUAGAUGAGUUGCGCAUUUCUAACCUACUUCAACCCUGAGAGCGCCCUCAACGCCCAGAACGCUCUGCAUGAGAAGCAUACUUUGCCAGGGAUGAACCGCCCCAUCCAAGUGAAACCAGCGGACAGUGAAAACCGCGGAGAUCGUAAGCUGUUCGUGGGUAUGCUUAGUAAGCAACAAACUGAAGAAGAUGUUAGACAACUUUUUGCACCUUUUGGAACUAUAGAGGAGUGUACUAUACUUCGGGGACCGGACGGAGCCAGUAAAGGUUGUGCUUUCGUGAAAUACAGCUCACAUCAAGAAGCACAGGCGGCCAUUAAUAGCUUGCACGGAAGUCAAACUAUGCCAGGAGCUUCCUCCAGUUUAGUAGUGAAGUUUGCAGAUACCGAAAAAGAGCGACAACUUCGACGUAUGCAGCAGAUGGCUGGUAAUAUGAGUCUUCUCAAUCCUUUUGUGUUUAACCAGUUUGGGGCUUACGGAGCCUAUGCACAGUCUGAUUUGUUCCAACAACAAGCUGCUAUAAUGGCAGCUGCUACAGCCCAAGGAACGUAUAUUAAUCCAAUGGCUGCGAUAGCAACGCAGCUACCUCACGCAAUAAAUGGAAUGGCGAAUUCGGCAUUGCAACCAGCCUCAGAUGUACCUGUUGGCGCAGGUAACAGCCAACCCGUUAAUGGUGCAAUUCCAAGUUUACCUUCUCCGACAAUGCCAACGUUCAAUAUGGCGGCACAAACUCCUAACGGCCAACCAGGUGGUCAGGAGCAAGUAUACACUAACGGAAUCCCUCCUCAAACUUACCAAGCACACGCGCUACAUCUGUCCAUACCUGCACAAGGCUUACCGAAUGGCGAGGCUGCGAUACAGCAUCCGGCAUAUCCAGGCAUGCAGCCAGCGUAUCCUGGUGUGGCUUAUCCCGCCGUUUAUGGUCAAUUUCCACAAGCUAUACCACAACCAAUGUCAGCUGUUGCUCCCGCACAAAGAGAAGGUUGCUCAAUAUCAGGUCCUGAAGGCUGCAACCUAUUCAUCUAUCACUUACCACAAGAAUUUGGAGAUGCAGAAUUGAUGCAGAUGUUUCUUCCAUUUGGAAACGUGAUUAGUUCGAAAGUAUUCAUAGAUCGUGCCACGAACCAGAGUAAAUGUUUUGGAUUUGUGUCUUUUGACAACCCAGCGAGUGCUCAAGCCGCAAUUCAAGCGAUGAACGGCUUUCAAAUAGGCAUGAAGAGACUCAAAGUCCAAUUGAAAAGGCCCAAAGACGCUAGCAGACCCUACUAACCCUGGCCCUUAGAAUCGUGGGUACCCCACUUAAGGGUGCUUAUUCGCCACUAGUAUACACUAUAUAUAAAUAUAUAUUAUUAUUAACACUAGUUUAACCUUAAAAACAUACCUGGUGGAGCUCCGAGCACUAUACUGUUGCAAAAAUAAGCUGAGCAGUGUUAAGACUAAUCUACCAAUUUUUAUCGUCACGGCAGAUUGUACAAAAAAAGUUUUACAUUACCGUUCCAAAAAAAGUUGAUAAUUCUAACUAAUAAAAUAGAGAAAAAAAUUAAUAGAAAACUAUAAAAAGAUCUUUAAUUUGAUAAUUAUUCGAAAAUUAAAUUGUUUUACGUUGUCUAUUGUGUUCUUACUUAAAAAGCGGUAUAAUAGCAUCAGGAAAUUGCACAGUUUGUAUUAAAAUCAAAAGUAUUCUGUUCAUUUUACGUUAUUAAUUUCAAAGAAAAUGUAUGAGGUAGUAACGAUUUAAUGUGUUAAACAACUAUCAAAAAGAUUCUCAAUUUAUUACUUUAAUCAAAGCAUAACAUGAAUUUGCCUAUCUCAAUGACCUUAUUCAAAAAAUAAAACGAGGCGAUUAUAUUAGAUUUGUCUGUCAAAUUGCAUUUUCAUGCAGUUUUCCAUCCAAACUGUGUAAGCACCUCACCAACUGCUUGUGGCGGAAGCCAAAACAAUUUCAAAAUAAUAUUUAUAUUCCUGUUAAAAACGUUAAAAAUUCAUUAUUGUGUAGUAAUCGCUUGAAUAAACAAUGUAAUUUUUAGCUUCAACGCAUCCUAAGUACUGUUCAAAUAUGAAAUUUGAAACAAAAACAUUUUCAAAUUGUAGAAAUUUACUCUGUCUAUCUAUCUACAAAAAUUAUUGACAUUAAAAAAGAAAAUAUUGUAACUAAUGAUACUAGAAGUGACUUCCAUGACUAUAAUUCACAUAAAUGGUCAAUAAAAAUCAAAAGGUUCCAUUGCUAAAAUUUUACAAUAGAUUGCAAGUGACCCACAUUUAAAUAUGCUCAGUUAAACUUUUCCAAAUUUCACUUAAAUGAGUAUUAUAAAGCUUUAUUUUUGUACCAUCCGCCUGUGAACUCUUGAACCGAAUUUUAAAAGUUAGUCUACUCGCCUGUUUGUGCAACCCAAACCAAAUUAUGAGAAAUGCGACUGCGCUACUAAACCACAAACUCUCUCUUCUCGAGAAAUUCCAAAUGGGCUGUGAUUAAAUAACAAAUCAGUGUUUGAUUGUACAGGCCGUUUUGUAUUCUCGUCUACGUGAAAUAUUGUAUUUAUUUUCAAAUUAUUCUGUGCUCCUUGUAAGUCCUUGUAAGUAUUAAAUGUGUGUGUUUAACUGUUAUUCGAUAAGAUAAGAUAAAAAUGUAAAGGUAACUUUAUGCAAAAGCGAUUAUCUAAAUUGGUGAGGGAUAAUUGAAACGCCAUUAAAUUGAACUUUUAUUGCUUUAGUAGCUAUAAAUACAUAUUGAAAUACUUAUAAUAGUUACAUACAUUUUUCUAAAUGAUAGCUUAAAACCAUUAAUAUAAUUAUUUUGUUGGAAACAUAUUUCAAUGAAACAGACGCUCAUAAUAAUUCAUUGUUAGCUUUUCAAAUGUAGUUAGUAGUAUGUUGAUAUAGUAUUAUACAUCAUACUCUUCAUUUGAUUAUACCCAGAUAGGUUACAUUGAUACGAAGUAACAAAAAAUUCGAAAUCAUCUAAAAUAUUGGUAAAGAGCUGUGAAAUUUUGAUAAUAGUCAUACAUAAUCAUCGUAUAAUUGAAGUUUUAUCCACACUUACGACUUAUAAAAAGUACCACUUCAUCAAACAGAGGAUAAACGAAAUUACGUACUCUACUACAAAAUAAUAAAAAACAAAUAUACAAUUUACCAAUAUUUAUAUGAAUUUAAAUCUUUAUCUCAUCAUAUUUCACUUCGAGUCCAUUAAUAACAAGUUUGCAGUCAUCUAUGGUCUCAGAAUUCAUAGUUCUUGAUAAAUUUCUAGACUCAUAUGAUGUUACCUCUUCUAAGAAACGGUUGGUACUACUUUGAUAUAUUAAAUUUAUUUAAUAUAAAAUCCUGUUGACCUAUUAUGUACCCCAGACUAUUCAACUGUCAGGUAGUAACGACUUUACAAAGUGUGCUGUCUUUUGGCUAUGAGGCUUACCCUUUCUGAGUUUAAGAAGUUUCACACUCUCAGGGGAACUGUUUGUUGGGUUUCUUUGGUUCGAUGAUAAACUGACAAGAGCUAUUGUGAGUUUCUCCGAUGUUUUUCAUAUGGUAAUUCACCGGAAAGUGUCCAGUGACUAUACCAGUAACUCUUCUUAAGUCAUAUUUGCUUAAAGGAAGGGCGUUCCGAGAUCAGCUGAUAGAAUGGAAAAGGAAUCUCUGCGAUUGUUCCACAACUGGGAUCUUUUUGCAUAUUUCCAAUUUCUUCUCAUUUUCUCACUUUUUUAAGACUAUUACCUGAUGGCUUUUUGGGGAACCUAUAAUUUGUAAAUUCUCAAAAUAACUUUCACAGUAAUAUCAAGACAUUAUGAAGACAGUGCUUAUUCUAAUAAGGAUUAUCGUAAAAACAUCUGUCGUCUAAUAACAUCUUCGAAUAUGAAAAUAUCGAUUCAAACAUCCCUCUAGUGUGUUGAUGGUUGAUCCUGCUCCUAUAAUUGAAAAUUUUCUCGUACUGCCAGUCUUCGUAUCUGGUAUCUCAAGAAACAGACAUACGUCAACACAAAACAUGAAAAGUAUUGCUAUUAUUUAGUUUAUUAACUAAUCUAUGUUAAAUAAAUAUUUACUCAUCAAAUAUCCUUUGCUGUAAUCUUUUGCAAAAGAUUCUUCGCAUCCACGAGCGUUAUGUCCUUCUUCGUAUUGUAUGUUAUGUACUCAUGGAAUUUGAUACUUUUUCUUCAUAUUUAAAGAAUUAUAUAACAGAAGUUUCGUAUUAAUUGUCAUUACGUUUUCUUGUUACUUGUUGCUCUUGCAUCUGCAUAACCUUGUUGCGUUUCUUAUCAGUCACACAGACAAUUGAAAAUAUUAAUCACAGCUAAACAUUCUGAGAAAACUCAACAAAAAGUGAAGUUAUGAUUUAAAAUCGUUUUCCGUAGCCGUGUGCUGAAUCAAAUUGCAUAUUAUGUUCGUUCUUAUUUAUAGGCGAAAAUUAUUUACCAGUCAGUUUUCCAGCAAUUCAAAAAACCUAAUAUUUAGUAACUAAUGUUUAUUGUGAAAUGUACGAUAUAGCAAUAUUCAGAGAUCCCUAUCUGGCAGUUUUACAUUCUUUUUAUUAUUAUUACUGCUCCCAGGUAAUGAUAUACUCACCUAGAUAAUAUUUAGUAGUUUCUAUAAGGGAGCACAUACAAUUUUUCUGAGAUCUCUUUUAAUUUCAGUUUAAUGUGCAUCGACAGCGGUGGUCAUUGGUACAGAAACAAAAAAUAUACAAAUUGUAUAAAGAACUAUCAAAUAAAUUAUAUUGAAUUAUAGUUUCUGGUAUAGGUUGGUAGCUUUGAAAAACUCAAAGAUUCUUUUGAUCUCUGUGAGGCAAUUAAGAGUUUCGUUAAGGCUAGAGUUCAGAUUAAAAUAUUGGUAUGUUGUAGAGUAUAGUAAGCUUUUUAAAUAGGGUACAACAUUGGAAAAGUACAAAAGAAAAUAAGCGUGUUAUUCAUUAGGAAUUUAGAUCAUCCGAUCUUGAGAAGUAAUUUUCGUAUAGCUACUUAAGAAUAAGUAGAUCGGUUGAUAAAGAUACCUAUAGCUUUUCACGUAUAACAAAAUAACAAUUUUUCAAUUCGCAUUUCAUUGGAACAAAUCUAUCCAAAUGACGUUAUAUCAAUUUUUCUAAAAAAUCCAUUUGAUUAGUUUAUUAUCUAUAUACUAUUGAUUGAAAUAAUGGAGAAAAAAAUUGCUAGAUAUAACAGAGACAAUCAUAUUCAAUUUUUAUGAUGGUUGUACUAGAAGUAAUCACUUCUAUAGAAAUUAUGAAGUAGAUAUUAAUCGGAUGAAUCAAAAGUUUUUCAAUACCAGAUAAUCGUUGUUGUAUAAGUUUACCGUAAAUCUACAGGGGUGGUGGUGCUAUCGCUAAUUCAGUUGCCAAAUUUAGUCCAGGUAUGUUUUCCUGUGAUGCAACGCUAGUCACAGCGGCUCGGAGAAGUUAUUUAAUUAAGGAGAUCUUUCUCAUAGAGUCCACUUGGAACGUUUUGAAUUGUUAAAUUUGAUUCGCCAGGUUUAGAUGAAAUACAAAGUUAAGGUUGUGAGAAAGUUGAUUCGAUCGAUUUGUCAUUUUUGAUUACAUCAGAAUGAAGUGUGUUGAAAAAUACCGUGGAAAUAAUACGAUAUUUAGUUUGAUUUGAUAACUCAAUUGGAAUAUUUUAAUAUGGGGCUGUUACUAGAAUAUAAUCUUUGUUUCAUGUCGCACCAUAUUCUAGAAAGUUAAUAGAAAUUUUUAUGCCAUUCGUCAUUAAAAUUCAUUCCAGAUUCCGUAAAAACUUUGAAGUAUUCAAAAUAAUGCUGUUUAUUUAAUUAAUUGGAUAAUUUUAUGAAUAACGUGAGAUCAAAUCAAGAUAUAGGUUGUCACAAAUAAUUUUAUGAAUUAUAUAAUCCACAAUUAGUUCGCCAAUCAUCAUCUCUAAGUUCAAGUGAAUUUUAUUUCAAUAAAUAGACAGAUGAGAGCUUGUGUCAUGGUUCAUUGAUACAAGCUCUCUGCUUAAGAAAUAUCAUCUUUUUGACUACCAUCUAAAUUUUUCAAAUACGUUCUCAAGUUCCACAUCGGUUGAAUAUAUAAAAGAAAAUUCAAAUAAAUAAUUGACUCGAGAGUUUUAAUAUACAAAAAUUCGUUUAGUCUUGUAAACAUUAGUUACGAAUCUGUACCAAUAAGUUCAUAUAUUUAAUUAGAUUUUCUGAUGAAAUCGUAUUAGGAUUGUUAGUUUAAAUGACAAAUUAUCGGUGAUAUUUUCUUGUGUAUAUGAAUGUAUAAGAAAAUCUUGUCAAAUUUCUGAUAAUAGAGAAAAAUAUGUGUGGAUUCAUGUCACACAAACAUUUAAUUAGAAUUUUAAGAGAUGUAGUAUGAACUAAAAAGGGCAUAUCAACUGUGAAGUUGUUUUAUUCAGCUACUUCUCUAAUAAUUUAUUGUUAAAUGAUUAAAUUAAAUAUGAUCGCGAUCUUGUGUUGAUUUUGUUUGUUUGAAAUCGAAAAAUUGUUCGUUUUAAAUGGACUCUAGAAGUUGUAUGUCAGGGCUCCAAUAUUUUUUGAAUUGUUUAAAGAGCCAAUGACGUAAUAUUUAUAUAUAUUUAUUUAAUAAUACCUAUACAAAAAAUAUAGUAUAAUAUUUCUACUAAAUUUUAAGUGACAUAAUCCUUAAAAAGUACCAACUAUAUAUUAAUAUGUAAAUUAUUAGCGGUAGAGCGUAGGAUAGACCAGAAGAGAACACAAUUAAAGAGUGGUCGAGAUACCAAAAAUGGUAUAGCCAUCAGUAGAAGAACUAAGCGAAAUCAAGGCCCCUUCUUUUGUGAGUGACGUCAGCCACUAGGAAGCGGUAAUUGCCUAGGCUUAUUUCUUCUGCUCUUUUAUCGAUUUUAGAACAAUAUGUUCGCGAUUUAUGAAUUUUAUCAAAUGUAAGUAAGUUUAUUAUAUCAAACAAGUGCGUUUUCGCCAAAAUAGUUGUUGAGGAGUUAGUUUAUGCUUUGCGGACGAAUCAGUCCCAGGCCAGGAAAAGGGGAGUGGGUUGCAUCACUCGGCUGGGCCACUCUAGUCAAAUUAUCAAGCCAUUGGCUGAAUUAGUUAAUAUUAGACUUAAUUUAGACUCUCUCGAUGGCUACCUUGUUUACUAUUAUUAGAGUUUUAUGUCUUAUUAAUACUAAAUAUUUCAUUAAACGCACAAAUAACCUGUUAACUAAAAACUGUGGAUAUAUUUGAAGAUAUACAAUGAAGUUUUUUCAAAUAUUAUCAAUAGAAAUCGAAUGUUAAUUCAAUGUGUGUAGCAGUUGAAAUGCUCAUAUCAUACAUUUAAUUGACAAGGUACCUCAAACUGUAUAUACUUGGUUUUCUGAUAUAAUAAUUAAUAAAUAAAUAUAUGGAGACGUACAGCAACAAUCUUUAAAUUCACAGUUUUACAAUAUUUGAUACAUUUCCUUAAGUUUUUUAUGUCCUUUAGAGUAGUCCAAACUACUCACUAGAAAAUAAAUUCGGAGCUAUAAAUAUUGUUUAUUUUGUAUUGAACCAAUAUUUCGAAAAAUAUAUUAUAUGAAAUCAAGGGUUGUGACAGUAUAAAACGCUCAAAUCAAAUCACCGUUUGAAAAUGAAAACUAAUAUCCAUAUAUCGGAUCUAAUUAAUUAUGAAAAAUAUCUAAGUAUCACUCCAAAUAGACUACAUACAACUGAAACUCUUUGUAACGACAAGAAAUUAAAAAAAUGGAAGAAAUCUGAAAACUUAAGCUCAUUCUUCCCAAUAUUUUCACGAUAUGUAAUUCUUAAGUCAACCUUAUUAACAAUACAAAGCUUGUUUGUAAUUCAUAAAAAAGCCGUAUCUUUCUGGGUUGUUACAUUCCAUCCUAUAUCAAUAUCAUAAGAAAGCACAGAUUAUGUCUGCUGUACAUUUAACAACCUGCUACCAAGCAUGCUUCAUAAAUAUUCAAUUAGAGACGAUCGGAAGAUAUUGCUGGCCAUGAUAAACAUGUUGAUGUUAAUCCAUUAAUGCUAUAGAUUCUUCAGCAAUCUUGGAAUUGUUGAAAAAUAGUCUGAUUUCAUUUAUGAUCUUCAUGAAUUCUCUUUCUAUAACAGAGCAGUCGACCACCCAGUACGGAGAAUGAGAAAAAGUAUAAAAACUUCAUUAUCGACGAUAUAUUGUGCCCUAAUUCAAGAUUACCUCUGCGUUGAUACUGCUUAACUGUUCUCUAAGAAUCAAAAGCUUUAUCGACGAUCUAAUCGUUCUAUAUUGACCUCGACUAUCUUAAGCGCUAUCCUUUUAUCGAUAGAAUAGCUUCCAAUCUGUCAAUACCAUUUAGUUGUGACACUACUACGCAUCAAACUACCAUAAAACUCAACGGAUAAAGUCGAUAAUCUAAUCAUUUCUUUCAUUAGUAAAUUUGGAGAUGUAGCUUUGUUUUGUCAAUCAGUUUAUUAUUUGAAUAAUAUAACUAUUUUUUUAUAAGCAUUUGGGAUCCUAUUUUGGUCUCAUUUGAUUCACCUAGUACUGUCCAGGUUUUGGUAUCUUUGUCAGUCUAAUGAAUACUUUUUCUUUUGCAAGACAAUAGUUCAUUAAUACAUCACAUUUUCUAGAAAAUUAUACAGUUACUUCGUUGUUAUCAUUGUCCAAUUGUCCAAAUAAUUCAUACGCUGUAAAUAAAUUGAUUAAGAAAAUGAAUUUCUAAUAAUGUACUCAUGGUAGUCAUUAUAGUGUUAAGAUAUAUAUUUAGUGAACAUAUAUAAUAUUUAUUGCAUCUAAUGUAUUUAGAUAUACAAUUAUAUUUUUAUUAUAAUUUUAUUCAUAAUUUCGCCUGAGAAACUAUCGUGCAAUAUAAACAGGAACGACUGAUAAUAUCGUUGUAUAAAACUGAACUUAAUAUUAUUUAACUUUUUACAACAAAAGUGAACUUUUUUAUGUCAAUAGUUUGUUAGAUACUUUUUCUCAAAAAGAUCUUGUUCAUAUGAUGACAAAAUAAGCAAAAAGAAAACGGUAGUACUGUGUUUGGGUUUGACAAUUGUCAAUAUUUUAAACUGUAAAUAUAAAUAUAAGUAAAUUGAAAUGUCAACAACACUUAUGCUAGACAGUUGACCUAUUAUAAUAUGAUAAUGAUCUUGUUUUACCGAUUAAAAAUAUUUAUCUACAACUUUUUGUAAAUGAAUCGAUAAUAAUGCCUUUUGAAGGCAAUAACAUCACCUUUUCAACCCGUUAACAUCAUAUAGCUCUCACAUAUGGGUCAUUGAAUAUUUUGCUAAUAUAUUAUACAAGUUUGAAAUCAAAUAUCAAUUUUUACCUAGUAACCUUAGACACAUUGUUGCACUAAUUCUAAAGAAAAUAAUACAGUUUGUGUUGAACUCACACUAAAUAUUACAAUGUUAUGGAUUAUAAUGAAAAUAUUUCAUAUAUCUUGUAGACAAUAAUUCUAUAUAUUAUAAUUAUAUUCACUACAAUCUGACGAAAAUAGAUCAAAUUAGAUCAUUUCCUAAUUUGGUCAAUGUAUUGGGCCACCUAUUUUUGAUAAAAUUUAUCAAAUUCCAAACAAGUACUACCCAGAGGCUAUUAUGUGAAUAUCCAACAAUAAAAAUUAAUAAUAUCACUUAAAUUUAUACACCACAACCGUAAAAUUACAUGAAGAAGGUAAUAAUAUAUUAAUUUGUAUGUAUUUCUUCUCUAGUAAAAAUCGUAAAAUGAAUUAGGUGAUACUAUUAAUUGAUAUUUUUUCAAGUACUGAAUGAUAUUUACACUUUAGUCCACUCCAAAAAACUAACCGGACCUACAUUUUCAUCGUUUUGGACGGAAAAAAAAAUGUAAUUAUAAUAUUUAAGUAAAAUUAAUAUGUGCCGCUAUACAUUUUAUUUAGUAGUAGUGCAUUCCACGCUUGCUAAAUGACAUUCCUUGGGCGCUGGAAAUGAAAAAAAUAUUUCAAUAUUUUUUGAGUAUUGACCAGACCGAAAGGGAGGGUGACAGCUCCCAGCCUAUCAGUAGACUAUAAAUAUAAUAUAAUUAACUAAAGAAAUCUAAUAAUUUUAUUUAAAAUAUAUUAUUUAUUAUAGUGAAUUUAGAUAUCUGAUGAAAAUCGGUGAAUCAUACUUUUUCCUCUAGUAUUCAAACUAUCAUUCAAACUCUUUAUCAAACUGAGUUGAAAUUUCGGAAACCGUUGGCGAUAUUCAUACUGAAUACACUGAUUACACCAUCACUACACCAACACUCACGUUUACAAUGUCUGACACGCGUUUCGAUAACCAAGUUAUCGUCUUCAGAUACUGAAGGUAAACUUAAAUCUAAUGACUUGACUUACCUGUUUUAUACUGAAUUUUUCCACCAAUAAACCUUGACUACUAAACUAUAGAAUGGGCCGUAAGAAAUUUAACAAUUUACACUAUUAGUUAUGAUUGUGACUGGCAGCGUGAUCAGCAAUAGCUGAUUUUCCGGUCCGUCCAUAUUUCAAAUGAGCUAUGUGCUCUUUAAACCGGACAAUAACGGACCUCCUAGUCUGACCAAUAUACUUUCCGUCACAAUCACCACAACUAAUUUCAUACACAUCAAUCCUUUCCAAGUUUGGUAUUUUAUCCUUAGGAUUUCCCCACAAUCCAACAAUGUAUUAAUGGUUUUAUUAACCAAUUUGAAACCUACUCUGCUAAAUAUUCAAUCUCUUUGUAUAAACAGGAUUGAAAGGUACCAGAUAUGUACCAGAAUGUAUCUGCACGUAGCGGUGUUUUCCUAGAAACUUCAAACUCUAGCCUAUUACUAUUCCUAUUUACUAAAGUAUCUAAAAUGAAUUCGUCACACUUUUGAUUCAUAUUCAGUAUUUAAUGUUGUCUAAACAACAUUUUCCUCAUUACUUUUAGUACUGAUUUUCAAAAUUGAUUUCCUUCUAUUAAACCAAUAAUAAAUUAUUGAACUUUAAAAAUUUUUUAGUGAUAUGACAUCAACUCCACUUGUACAAAUGAAUGUUAGUUAGAUAUAAUACAUUGUCAAAACUUGGGUUAAUGGCAAGAGGUCGUGAAGUGAGAUUUCUUCUCCAAUGUCAGUUUUUCAAGAUUCUUUCACAAAAGUUUAUUAUUCCUUAGAAUAAAACUUUAAGGGUUUUUUACUUUGUAUUGUAUCUGUUAUUAGUAUAAAGUUUGAAAUUGAGGAAGUUGUUUCAGUUCAUUGGUUUCCAAUUUUUCCAAUCAACAGUUAUAUCAAUUUAAAUUGGUUAACUCUUUGAAAAUAUAUACUUAUUUUUAAGUAUAUAUUCAACAAAAUUUUCAAAUAUUAAUGUACUGUAUUAGAUUUCUUGUGUACAAUAAAAUUACAUUAUAUUUAUGUAGGUUUACAAAAUGUCUUCAAACGUGGUCUCCCCAAUCAACAGUAAAGUAAUGUCUAAACGCAGCGACGUGAUUCAAGGAUACAGGGUAUGUUUUUGCAAUUAUUUGUGUAACUGUUUUCUUCGUCGUGUGGGAGCGGGACGCAUUUUUCAAAGUCCGCAACCAAUAGGCGAGUCGCUAUCUCGUCGAAUGCGGUUUUUGCAAUUCUAAUAUAGAUUUUCUACGACACUAGAUCCAAAGAUAUACCAAUAAAAUGUGCUUAUACAUUUUAGUUACAUCUAUCAAAUUUUUUGUUGUACUGAUAUACAAAAGUUGAUAAUAAACAAGCUGAAGAUCAAUUUCACAUUCUCCUCAGACAAAUAACUAUUUAAAUUCCUAUAAUAUUAACUAGUUGACACUCUUAUAAAACUAUCCUCAAACUUAAACAUGAUCACAAGGUUACUAAAGCACAUUUUAUAUUGAAGCCCACAAAAAUUGGACUGUGAUGGAAGCUGUAAUACAAUUAAUUUGUUGCAAACUACAAAUUUACUAAAUGAAUUAUUUUGUAUAGUUAUAUUUGAAACAAUAUCAAAAAAUUUUUUUCUUUUCAUCGUGAAUGGAUUAUUUCUGGAUCUAGUUUUAGGCAAAUUUAGGAAAAUCUCUAUUGAUAUUACAACAACUGGUCGAUUUCAUCCCAUACUGUAUAUAUAUUGGGGUCCAUUUAGUGCACCGUUUUAUACAAAUGUAAUGGUCCUUUUUCUGUCACAGACAAAAAUUGUACCUGUCUUCAAUGAAAAUAAAAAAAAAAUAUUUCAAUGCUGAAACAUAUAGUAAGCGCUUAAUCAUGAUUUGUUUUCAAAUGGCAAGUCUAAAUAACUAAUUCAUCAGCUAAACUAAAGUAUAUCUAUAAUUUCAAAAACAAUUUAGUAUAUUUAAAUGAUAAGCAUCCCGUUUAACUAUUUUCUCUGUUUCCUCCAAUAUUCUCAUAUUUUUCAAUUUAGUACUAAUUUAUCGAGUCCAAAUAGAAAGUUCAUAAAGGGUAUAAAAAUUUUUGUAUCUAGAUCCGACUUUUUAUUAUCGCUUUAUAUAACGCUACUGUUUCGUUUUCUAAAUUUUAAUUUUAUUAAUAACAUGAUUCAAUUAGCUGAUGUAUUAGGUAUUCUAGACAUUCUGUAAAAUGGAUCUAGUUCCAUAGAUGCAUCGACCCAUUCUCAUUCAUUAAUCUUAGCUACAAGUAGAGUAGUAGGGGUUUUAGAUCUAGUUUUUUUCCAAAAAAAUGAAAAAAUUAUAUGUAUGACAUGAGUUAACAUCAAUAUUGCCAGGUACUGGUCUCGUAAUUCAUUAAAAAAAUUAUUUUAUAUCGUCUGGAGCAAUAGACUAUCAACAAACUUAUGUUUAAAAUAUCUUUAUAAACUAUGUACAAAGUAAGGUGCAAUACAACUAUUUUUAUAUUUUUGAGCAGUAUGAAAAUCAAAUGUAUGCUAUAUAUUUAACUAUUCGACACACAAUGAUUCCAUCAUAGUUUAAUUUAGUUUUUUUAUUUUUUUAACUACUACACGUAGAUAUCACAACUAGAUAUUAAAUGGAAAAUAUACACUGAUAGGUUCUUAAGUUACUUGAACAAGAGCGUGAAUUAAUGAUGAUGAUUGAAUCGUACUGAAUUAACUGAUACAAACAUUAUUACAGCUUUCUAAUAAGCCCUUCAAUGUGUUUUAUAAAUAUUCCUAAAUACAUUUUUCAAUUGAAUGAUAAUAAUAUAUUAAGUAUAUGCGUUUUUUCUGUUCUAGUCAAUGUGGAUCUCAUUCGAUUACUGUACAUAUUUUGCAUAUAUCUAUUAUAUUUAUACUGAUAUAGAUAACGUAGAUGUUAAAAUUAGGACGAUAAGUAUGAAUUUUGUGCCAUAACUUCGUAUCGAACUAGUAUUUUAACUCGCUUUACAAAUAAUCUGUUUUCAAGUUCUAUAGGUGAUUUGAAAAAAAUUAUUCACACAUAAAUUAAAAGCGUGCGAAGGUCCAUCCAUUAGAUGAAUACUACAGAUUUCUCUAAUGCGAAAACUGAAUUAAAAUUUGUUUAAAUUAAUUCCUCAAUAGUUUUAGUUGAAAAGUAUAUUGAGUAAAAUUAUGAUAUAGUCUAUUGCUUCACAAAUUACCCAACAUUUUGAUGCUGGGACCAACUUAUUCAAUCUAGUCGUUUUGUUUUUAAGUUUUCAAAAUGUUAUUCAUAUAAUACGAAUGUUGCUAUUUAUUUAUUUAUUUAUUUAUUUUAAUUUAUUUCUUAUUUAUUCUCAUUUUAGUGAUAUUACAUAUUCUGUAAAUCGCUUAUUAUCAUAUAUUAUGCAAGUGAAAGAUUUAUUACACAAAAUACUUCUUUAAAUGCUGCAAAAUCAGCAAGUUUCUAGUUUUAAGUAUAUUUGAAACUUUUUAUAAAAUUGAUGAAUGAUUUGGAGUACUUUUGAAACAUGUCAUCUAUUAAAAAAUUACACCUCUAUUUCCGUUUCCAGCUAAUAUGUAUAUUAUUUGAAAAACGGACAAUAAAAUUUAGUUUUUUAAAUAAAAUGAUAUUUUUUUAUUGCAUUUUUAAUAGUCAACAUAAAAAUUGUUAAUAAAUUUACUGAGAAAAUAUUUGUUGUAUAAUUGUUAGGGCGGUCGUUGAAAAUUAAAUUUUUUGCGAUGCUACCUAAAAACCUUUUUUUGAUAAACAAACACUAGGAAACUUUUUUUAAUUGAAAACAAUAUGUUUCUAAACACGAUUUGAGAUCAAAUUUUGGUAUAAUAAUCUUUUUUUGGAAAUUUUUCGGAAUAAAUAAAAUUUGAUUCGAAAUAUGAAAAAUUGUAAAACUCAAAUCAAUAAACAUAACGAUAUUGGGUCCAAAUAAUAAGAAAGUAACAUCUAAAUUCAAAAGUUUUCUAUAUUGAUUGAAUCUACUAAAUAAAAAAAUAUUUAAAUUCAAAAUUACGUUACUAAAUGUUUUCGAUUUUAGGUCUCUUCUGUUACAACUGUUACUUCUGUUACGGUUUUUUUUUAAAUGUUAAAUAAAAUUAGUCUAAACGUCAAUGUUUUUCUAUCUUUCAAAAAUUAUUAAAAAAACUAAUUUUGAAACAGAAGAAACUUAAAAUCAUGGACAGUUAGAAACCUAAACAUAUCAAAAUGUCUAAGAAAAAAGAAAUUGAAGAAAUUUAAAAUAAUAUUAGUACAAACAUUUUAAUAUUUAGAUUCCUUAAGUCAAAGUGACCUUUAUUUCGUAUUUUUAAUGCCUUCUCUUCUAUAAUCAUCUAAGAUUUUGAUGAAGAAUUGUUUCUGUCAUUCAUCUUUUAUAAACAAAUCGUUGUACUCUUUCAUUUAACGUUUAAUCAACUUAGAUCAUGAAGAAGCACGUGUUGUCUUGAAUUAAAACAAAUUCCAAGUGUUUUUCAUCAAAAAGAAGCUUUUUAGAUGGCGUCACAAAGAAUACCAUUCUCAAUGACCAUCUUAAUACUGCAAUAUGCUUUUGGAAACAAAAUUAUUCUGACAAAAUUGCAGUUAUUAUAUUCACUUUUUUUUCUAUUGAUAUAAUUCUCUUUCGCUUGUAUAAUGAAGAUAUUGUUAAAAAAAAAACAAGAAAAACGCAAGUACCUAUAUUGUCUAUCGAAUUAAACACAAACAUCAAAUUGUAGCCAUACCCCGUUGCAUGUCGAGUUUUAUUACAUUUUACACAAAAUAAUUAUAAUAAAUUAUUAACAAUAUAUUAUAUUAUAAUAGUAGAUAAUUUAAAUUUAAAAAUAUUAAUAAUCUGCUAAACUUGUAAUACGAUACUGUAAAAACAUAUAAAUAAAAAUAGACAAUUAUUGAUUGCGUCAACUUUCUAUAAACUUUGUGUCAUCAAUAGAUUCAGACAUAAAAACUAACAGUUUCUUAAUUAUUGACAUGCUGUACGCAAAAUGGGUGGAAAAUUUUGUUAAAAGAUUCGAAGAAAUAGAGAAAUAUCUGAUCCUGACGUGAUUUCCUUUUAGUUCAUAGAAUCUCUAAUAGAAAUUAUUGAAGUAUACAGCUAUAAGUAUAUUUAAAUAUUCACAUAAUAUAUAUUUUGUCGAAUACGAUAAUGAGUUCUAAAAUCAGUAACGAUUCAUCGUAUACAUUAAUUGAAUAAAAAUCAGAGGGAAUUAAAAACUUUAUCUACUAUAACCAUCAACUGUCACGUAAAAAAAUAGUCUUUCAUUUAACGAAACAAAGUAGGAGAUUUUUGAUUCAGUAUCAUAAAAUUUAAGUAAAGUUAAGUAAAGUAGCCAUAAUGUCACAACCAAUCGUUUCAAGUGUCUACCUGGCUCUUUAUCACUGUAAUGACAAAGUUUCAUUCAAAUUUCUGGUACUUAUUAGGUUACAUUUUUUGUCUUACUUUUUUCUCUGUUAUAAUGACGUCUGGUUAUUAAAUAACCCUAAAGACUGCUAUCCUACAACUUUUCUCUUCUCGCCACACAACGUUUUAUCAAUUUUUUUCCGUUUGCCAGAACUGGAAAAUAAUUCAUAGACGUACAAAAUUUCAGUAAUUAUUCCAUAAGUUUUAAAAUUAUCUAAGACAUCAAUUUCUAUUACGGUUUGAGGAGAUGAAAAAGAUACCUUAGAAAACAUGCGACGUAACAUCUUAUAGCACUAAGUUUUUAUUUCAUAUCUUCGACAACAAAAAAACUUUAGUAUCCAAAAACAAUGUAAAACUAUCAUAUAUUCUUUGGUUACAUAAUGUUUAUUAUACAUUCACAACAUCACUUUGAAUUUUCAGCAAUUUUCAUUCACUUGUCAAACAAGCGUUUGCGAACUUCAAUACCCGCCACAAAAUUUUAACUUCUGUUAUAUUGUGCCGUGAUCUUGGUUGUUAUGAAGAUUAGACAACUCGUGACGGAAGACUAUGCAGCUCGAGAUUUUAUUUAUGAAUUGAAAAAAAAAAUAAAAUAUAUAUUUACAUUCUAAACAUAUAACACUACACAUAAAAAACAAUAAAAA